GCUGUGUGCAUCUAGUUGAAUGUCUGUAUUGCUGUGUGCAUCUAGUUGAAUGUCUGUAUUGCUGUAUGUAUCUAGUUGAUUGCCUGUAUUGCUGUGUUCAUUUUGAUAAAUGUCUGUAUUGCUUUAUGCAUCUAGUUGAAUGUCUAUAUUGCUGUUGUUAUCUAGUUGAAUGUCUGCAUUGCUGUGUGGAUCUAGUUGAAUGUCUGUAUUUCUGUGUGCAUCUAGUUGAUUGUCUUUAUUGCUGUGUGUAUCUAGUUGAAUGUCUGUAUUGGUAAGUGUGUCUAGUUGAAUGUCUGUAUUACUGUGUGCAUCUAGUUGAUUGUCUUUAUUGCUGUGUGUAUCUAGUUGAAUGUCUGUAUUGGUGUGUGUGUCUAGUUGAAUGUCUGUAUUGCAGUGCGCAUCUAGUUGAUUGUAUGUAUUGAUGUGUGCUACUAAGUGAAUGUCUGUAUUGCUGUGUGCAUCUAGUUGAAUGUCUGUAUUGCUGUGUGCAUCUAGUUGAAUGUCUGUAUUGCUGUAUGUAUCUUGUUGAUUGUCUGUAUUGCUGUGUGUAUCUAGUUCAAUGUCUGUAUUGCUGUUUGCAUCUAGUUUAAUGUCUGUAUUGCUGUGUGCAUCUAGUUGAAUGUCUGUAUUGCUGUGUGCAUCUAGUUAAAUGUCUGUAUUGUUGUGUGCAUCUAGUUGAAUGUCUGUAUUGCCGUGUGAAUCUAGUUGAAUGUCUGUAUUGCUGUGUGCAUCUAGUUGAAUGUCUGUUUUGCUGUGUGCAUCUAAUUGAUUGUCUGUAUUGCUGUGUGCAUCUAGUUGAAUGUCUGUAUUGCUGUGUGCAUCUAGUUGAUUGUCUGUAUUGCUGUAUGUAUCUAUUUGAAUGUCUGUAUUGCUGUGUGCAUCUAGUUGAAUGUCUGUAUUGCUGUAUGUAUCUAGUUGAAUGUCUGUAUUGCUGUGUGCAUCUAGUUGAAUGUCUGUAUUGCUGUGUGCAUCUAGUUGAUUGUAUGUAUUGAUGUGUGCAUCUAAGUGAAUGUCUGUAUUGAUGUGUGCAUCUAAGUGAAUGUCUGUAUUGCUGUGUGCAUCUAGUUGAAUGUCUGUAUUGCUGUGUGCAUCUAGUUGAAUGUCUGUAUUGCUGUAUGUAUCUAGUUGAUUGCCUGUAUUGCUGUGUUCAUCUAGAUAAAUGUCUGUAUUGCUUUAUGCAUCUAGUUGAAUGUCUGUAUUGCUGUUGUUAUCUAGUUGAAUGUCUGCAUUGCUGUGUGGAUCUAGUUGAAUGUCUGUAUUUCUGUGUGCAUCUAGUUGAUUGUCUUUAUUGCUGUGUGUAUCUAGUUGAAUGUCUGUAUUGGUGUGUGUGUCUAGUUGAAUGUCUGUAUUACUGUGUGCAUCUAGUUGAUUGUCUUUAUUGCUGUGUGUAUCUAGUUGAAUGUCUGUAUUGGUGUGUGUGUCUAGUUGAAUGUCUGUAUUGCAGUGUGCAUCUAGUUGAUUGUAUGUAUUGAUGUGUGCAUCUAAGUGAAUGUCUGUAUUGCUGUGUGCAUCUAGUUGAAUGUCUGUAUUGCUGUGUGCAUCUAGUUGAAUGUCUGUAUUGCUGUAUGUAUCUAGUUGAUUGUCUGUAUUGCUGUGUGUAUCUAGUUGAAUGUCUGUAUUGCUGUGUGCAUCUAGUUUAAUGUCUGUAUUGCUGUGUGCAUCUAGUUGAAUGUCUGUAUUGCUGUGUGCAUCUAGUUAAAUGUCUGUAUUGUUGUGUGCAUCUAAUAGAAUGUCUGUAUUGCCGUGUGAAUCUAGUUGAAUGUCUGUAUUGCUGUGUGUAUCUAGUUGAAUGUCUGUUUUGCUGUGUGCAUCUAAUUGAUUGUCUGUAUUGCUGUGUGCAUCUAGUUGAAUGUUUGUAUUGCUGUGUGCAUCUAGUUGAAUGUCUGUAUUGCUGUAUGUAUCUAGUUGAAUAUCUGUAUUGCUGUGUGCAUCUAGUUGAAUGUCUGUAUUGCUGUGUGCAUCUAGUUGAAUGUCUGUAUUGCUGUGUGCAUCUAGUUAAAUGUCUGUAUUGCUGUGUGCAUCUAGUUGAUUGUCUGUAUUGCUGUGUAUAUCUAGUCGAAUAUCUGUAUUGCUGUGUGUAUCUAGUUGAAUGUCUGUAUUGCUGUGUGCAUCUAGUUGAUUGUCUGUAUUGCUGUGUGCAUCUAGUUGAAUGUCUGUAUUGUUGUGUGCAUCUAGUUGAAUGUGUGUAUUGCUGUGUGCAUAUAAUAGAAUGUCUGUAUUAUUGUGUGCAUCUAGUUGAUUGUCUGUAUUGCUGUGUGCAUCUAAUUGAAUGUCUGUAUUGCUGUAAGCAUCUAGUUGAUUGUCGGUAUUGCUGUGUGCAUCUUGAUGAAUGUCUGUAUUGCUGUGUGCAUCUAGUAGAAUGUCUGUAUUGCUGUGUGCAUCUAGUAGAAUGUCUGUAUUGCUUGUAUGCAUAUUGUUGAUUUUGUUUUGCUUGUAUGCAUCUAGUUGAUUGUCUGUAUUGCUGUGUGUGUCUAGUCGAAUGUCUGUAUUGCUGUAUGCAUCUAGUUGAUUGUCUGUAUUGCUGUGUGCAUCUAGUUGAAUGUCUGUAUUGCUGUGUGCAUCUAGUUGAUUGUCUGUAUUGCUGUGUGCAUCUAGUUGAAUGCCUGUAUUGCUGUGUGCAUCUAGUUGAAUGUCUGUAUUGCUGUUAGCAUCUAAUUGAUUGUAUGUAUUGCUGUGUGCAUCUAGUUGAAUGUCUGUAUUGCUGUGUGUAUCUAGUUGAUUGUCUGUAUUGCAGUGUGCAUCUAGUUGAUUGUCUGUAUUGCUGUGUGCAUCUAGUUGAGUGUCUGUAUUGCUGUGUGUAUCUAGUUGAGUGUCUGUAUUGCUGUGUGCAUCUAGUUGAUUGUCUUUAUUGCUGUGUGUAUCUAGUCGAAUGUCGGUAUUGCUGUAUGUAUCUAGUUGAGUGUCUGUAUUGCUGUGUGUGUCUAGUCGAAUGUCUGUAUUGCUGUGUGCAUCUAGUUGAGUGUCUGUAUUGCUGUGUGUAUCUAGUUGAGUGUCUGUAUUGCUGUGUGCAUCUAGUUGAGUGUCUGUAUUGCUGUGGGCGUCUAGUUGAAUGUCUGUAUUGCUGUUAGCAUCUAGUUGAUUGUAUGUUUUGCUGUGUGCAUCUAGUUAAGUGUCUGUAUUGCUGUGUGCAUCUAGUUGAAUGUCUGUAUUGUUGUGUUCAUCUAGUUGAAUAUCUGUAUUGCUGUGUGCAUGUAGUUGAGUGUCUGUAUUGCUGUGUGUGUCUAGUCGAAUGUCUGUAUUGCUGUGUGCAUCUAGUUGAAUGUCUGUAUUGCUGUGUGCAUCUAGUUGAAUGUCUGUAUUGCUGUGUGUGUCUAGUUGAAUGUCUGUAUUGCUGUGUGCAUCUAGUUGAAUGUCUGUAUUGCUGUGUGUGUCUAGUCGAAUGUCUGUAUUGCUGUGUGAAUCUAGUUGAAUGUCUGUAUUGCUGUGUGCAUCUAGUUGAAUGUCUGUUUUGCUGUGUGUGUCAAGUCGAAUGUCUGUAUUGCUGUGUGAAUCUAGUUGAAUGUCUGUAUUGCUGUGUGCAUCUAGUUGAUUGUCUGUAUUGCUGUGUGUGUCUAGUCGAAUGUCUCUAUUGCUGUGUGAAUCUAGUUGAGUGUCUGUAUUGCUGUGUGUGUCUAGUUGAGUGUCUGUAAUGCUGUGUGCAUCUAGUUGAUUGUCUGUAUUGAUGUGUGCAUCUAGUUGAAUGUCUGUAUUGCUGUUAGCAUCUAGUUGAUUGUAUGUAUUGCUGUGUGCAUCUAGUUGAAUGUCUGUAUUGCUGUGUGUAUCUAGUUGAAUGUCUGUAUUGCUGUGUGCAUCUAGUUGAAUGUCUGUAAUGCUGUGUGCAUGUAGUUGAAUGUCUGUAUUGCUGUGUGCAUCUAGUUGAGUGUCUGUAUUGCUGUGUGCAUCUAGUUGAUUGUCUGUAUUGCUGUGUUCAUCUAAUUGAAUGUCUGUAUUGCUGUUAGCAUCUAGUUGAUUGUAUGUAUUGCUGUGUGCAUCUAGUUGAAUGUCUGUAUUGCUGUGUGUAUCUAGUUGAAUGUCUGUAUUGCUGUGUGCAUCUAGUUGAAUGUCUGUAUUGCUGUGUGCAUGUAUUUGAAUGCCUGUAUUGCUGUGUGCAUCUAGUUGAAUGUCUGUAUUGCUGUGUGCAUGUAGUUGAAUGCCUGUAUUGCUGUGUGCAUCUAGUUGAAUGUCUGUGUUGCUGUUUGCAUGUAGUUGAAUGUCUGUAUUGCUGUGUGCAUCUAGUUGAAUGUCUGUAUUGCUGUGUGCAUGUUGUUGAUUGUCUUUAUUGCUGUGUGUAUCUAGUUGAUUUUCUGUAUUGCUGUGUGCAUGUUGUUGAUUGUAUGUAUAGCUGUGUGCAUCUAGUUGAUUGUAGGUUUUUGUGUGUCUCGAUGUUCACUGUGUGUAUUGUCAGUGCGAAUGUUGUUUAUUGUAGGUAUAGAUUGUGUGUCUCAAGUUGUGUAUAGGUGAUGCUUAUGUUAUAUAUUUAGCCCGCAAAAACACUCACAGUAGGAGUAUGACUACUUGGCUUUUUUAUGAACAUGCUAUAUAAGUAUUUUUAUUGUUUAUGUUGGUAUUAAUAAUAUAGAUUUCCGUUUUGUCAAAACUAUUGUUCUGUUUUAAGUAUCUAUUUAGUGGAUAUUUGUUUCCGUGUGUUUCAGGUCAUGGUGGAUUUCAUACUUAUUAGUUUGUAAUGGUUUAGCUUUCGAUAGUGCGCCAGUGAGAAAAUGUACAUACUAAUGAAAACAAAUCUCAUUUUAUAAAAAACAGGAAAUUUAGUGUUUGCCUCAAGAGGAUUACUUGAUAAUGAGUCACACUAUAAUAUAAGAUUGAAAGAUUGUUCAAAGCGAAAGACGACGAUGGACGAAGCUAACACUGGUUACAAUAAUUAAUAUGAUAAAAACUACAGAGACAAGGCCAGUAAUAACACUUCAAAGUAGGAACCCUGUUAUGAGGCCCGAAAGACAUAAACUGUACAUGAAACACAAACAACACGAAGUGUACAUAAAACACAAACAACACGAACUGUACAUAAAACACAAACAACACGAACUGUACAUAAAACACAAACAACACGAAGUGUACAUAAAACACGAACUGUACAUGAAACACAAACAACACGAAAUGUACAUAAAACACAAACAACACGAACUGUACAUAAAACACAAACAACACGAACUGUACAUAAAACACAAACAACACGAAGUGUACAUAAAACACAAACAACACGAAAUGUACAUAAAACACAAACAACACACACUGUUUAUCAACACAAACAAACAAUACAAAAUGUACAAAAUCACAAAAAAACACACAUAAUUUAUAUAAUGGCUAUAUUAACAAAUGAUGGAAUCACUAAUGCAUAACGGUUAAUGAAAAGUUCAUUAUUAUGAGUUCUUAAAUUUUAAAAUUGUUCAAUUCCAAUAUCAUGACACGUCAAAACACUGACACUUAAUACGAUGAUGAGAAAACUCUUCAACAAUAUAGAAGAAUACGCUAUAACUACCAAAUCAUGUCAACAUGUAUUUAUUUAUAAAUGCGACAUCAAGAGUGGGUAUGUGUAAUAUGGAAGUGGAAUGAAGGUGGCAGUUUAUAUGCCAAAUAUGAAGUCCUUAAAAUCAGCUGUGAAUAGUUCAUUCAUGUAUCAGGGGGGCACACAUUUAGGUGGUUAAACAAAAACAAAUACCAUGAAGGCUCUUGUACAGCAAAGGAAUUGAUAUGAAAUUAAAAUACCACAUUUAAAUAAUGUUAAAGCAGAAAACAUUGCUAAAGUUCUAAAACCUCACUUAAACCCUUGCAGAUUCGGAAUACGUGUACCCCCCCCCCCCCCCCCCUGUGUAUACCAAAUAAUGAUUUGUCAGACCAUUUUAAAAAUCGACGGAUGUGUCUACUUUUGUUUAAAUAAGGACAUUUUUGCAUUGACAAUUGUAUUUACCUUUAGUCUACAGUCGUGUGAUGCAUACUAUGAAAGAAAUGGUCGUGAUAAAGAUAUUCUGUUUAUUCACUUGGUUUCUAUUUUGUGCCUGUGACUUUUAUUCCAUUCCUUCUUCAAUCUCUAUGCCCAAUGAAGUCACGGGCGGGUUUCACUUCCAGAAUUGUAACAGCACGCCUGUACCCUUCUUCGUUAACAAUGCUUCCAUUGAGCCCGACCCCGUGCAAAUGAACCUUACCUACGUUAAUCUCACUUUGGAUGCAACAAUUACGAAGGAGAUUGGUAAAACAGGCAAAGUUGAUGCCAGUUUGAGCAUACGACUGAAGACAGAGCACGGUGAAACGGAGCUGUGCUAUAUUCUUGGAGAGAGAUGUUACGUGUCGGACGUUUGCUACUACCUGAAGAAAGCGCUGGACAAGAAGGAUUGUACUAUACCGGCAAUACCCAUAUAUAUUGUUAGGAGGAUCCCUUUCAAACAAUUGCCGUUCAUAGUGAAGGGACAAUUUACUGUGAAGGCAAACGUAAGAGAAAUGGGACAGCCAGUGGCAUGCGUAGAAGUGACCAUGUGCUUAAAUGAGUGUAGUCUUCUAUGAAUAAACAUGGACAACCCGGAUGAUCAUCACCUUUAUUACAAAGACAACUCUCGUCGAGAGAAGCUUGCUUGUUUGGACUUAUUAUUUCAAUAGACUGUGUACAUCUUCCUUUAACAUAUACUUAACAUAUACAUGUUUUGCUUUAACCAAUAAACGUAUUGUUUCAAAGAAAAAAAAUAGUAUCGGAGCUGUUUGGUGAAGAUAAUCAUUUUAUAUGUAACAUUCUGUAGCGUAAAAUAGUUAAUGACAAGAAGUCACUGCACAGCAAACUUGUGCGCUGGAUUAAGGAAGUUAUAUUUGAAAUUUAGAUAUAAACUUAAACAUGAAAACAAUUACAUCUUAAAAGUAUAAAAGGCAUGUGUCCUUAUUAAUAGAUUCAACGACUUGAAUAUUACAUUUAACUUCCUUAUUUAAAGCUGCACUCUUACCGAUUUACCAUUUUUACAACUUUUUUUAUUUUUUGUCUUGGAAUAUAAGUAUCUAUAAGAAUCUUUUCCAGCACCGGUCACAUGACCGGAAACACACGUCCGGUAUGCAAGAAAGGGCAAUUCUUGCAUACCGGACGUGUGCUGGAAAAACUCAUCUUACACCCCGCAUGUAAGAUGAGUAACGCGCAACAACGCGCCACUUUUUAUUUCUUUUAUUGUAUGGUUUAUAAAAAGUAUAUUAUGCAAUUACAAUAAAGCGGAUUCAAACAUAUAAGUAUACAACACUUUUAAAUAAAAUUGAAAAUAAAUAAUGACGUCAAUAGUGAUUUAAAAUUACUGCGCUUUAUGACGUCAGUACACAACGUCGCACGCGCUUUUUGGUGAACUGUACAAAUGUGCGUUUUCUACGUCAUUUUUUCCACAAAUUCAUAAUUUUAGAUAUGCAAGAAAAAAUAUCAAUCAUGUUUUCCGGUCCGGUUUGAAUAAUCCGACCCUCGGGGCCGCUGCGUGACCGGUAACUCGGCAAGUCUCGUUACCGGCUUACGCGCGUGUCCUCGAGUCGGAUUUUUCUAUCCGUACCGGAAACACAUGAUAGAUACUUAUAUUUUUUGCGUAAAUAUCUUCAAACCAAUGUUAUAAGAUUGCUGACAAAAAUACAGAUGGUAGAUUUUCAUAUUUCCGUUCGAAAAUUAAUGUUUUAUUGCAUAAACCGUUACUAACGGUUUAAAGAAAAAUGCAUAAAACAUCAUUUUUUGAACUUAAAUAUUAAAAUAUGCGAUCCAAUUUUUGUCAACAGUCCUAUAUAACUGGUUUCCAUGGAUUUUCGCACAAAUUAGCUCGUUCCAAGACAAAAAAUAAAAAAGUUGUCAAGACGUUCAAUCUGUGAGAUUGCAGCUUUAAAGGGUAAUUAUGUAAACAUUUGCUGUUUCACUGUAGCCCUAUUGUUGAAGCAUGCUAUAAAUUUCAAAAUACAAGCAGUUAAAAUCUUCCUUGUUUUCAAACAUAAAGGCUUUAUCGGGACCUCCAAUUCAACAUUUUCUAUUAACUUAAGUUUGUUUCCAGUCCUUAGCGCAAUUAAAAACAAAUAUCUGCAUGGGUUGGAUUUAAUAUAUAUAUAUAUUGUAAUAUAAGUAAUAAAUAGU